AUAUUUUCCUGAACAUUUUAGUGUCAAUUUGGUAAUAUGCUUUCGAACAUGUUUUUUAACACAUUAUUUGUUAUUAUCGCCGUAGAAUUUUCUUUGGGUGAAGUUUCUGAUAAACAAUAUGCCUCCAUGCCUGCAUUAUUCCAUCAAGAUAAUUACGAUAAGUGUAUGCUCCUGGACGAUGAAGCUUUAUAUUGUUCUUUCAUAUAUAAAAUGGAACCUCGACCCAAUGGUGCCAAUAGUACCGAUACAUGGAAAAUAAUACAGGAGGUCAGUUCUAGUAGGUACAACUACAGACAUGACCAUCUUCGACACUGGAUUUGUGUUCCUUCAACUUGUCCUGAAAUCAUUCCGAGUAAAAAAAAUUAUACAAGAAUUCAACUGGAGAUUGAAAAAUGCUAUGACAAAAAAUAUGAACAGUAUGGAUUGAUGGGCAAAAUUGACAAUUUCAAAUGCGUUACCAAUGUGCCUGAAUAUCCUAUGGAUUGGUUGGACAUCGUUGUAGGGGUGAUUUUCAUAUGUUACAUGCUUCUCAUUGUAUUCUCUACUUUGUACGAAGGAACGGCUCGAUGCAAAACAGAAGAAGAAUACCAAAACUCGAUAGGCAACGGUUGGAAAAGGAAAUUGUUCGCUUUCUCUAUUCCCAGGAAUUGGUACAGACUCAAAACCGUGAGAAAUUCUCCGGAAUUUGAAAAACUGAGACCAAUACAGGGUGUGCGAUUUUACAACAGUCUCUUAGUUAUUUCGAGCCAUACUGUCUUGGCUGGUAUUCUUAGACCCGUUGCUAACACGAAAUAUACAGAAACGAUUCAAGGAAAGGUGGCUACCCUGUUUCUAUCUAACGGUCCUCUGUGCAUGGGCACAUUUUUUUUCCUUUCAUCUUUCCUUCUGAUACAAAGGGUAUUUUCAGAAUUUGAAAACAGAAAUUUCAAGCUGAAAGAUGUACUGAAAAUUAUCAUGAAUCGAUAUAUGAGGUUGACUCCGUGCAUGGCACUAGUAAUUGCUUUCUACGCCACCUGGUGGCGUCACUUAGGAAACGGACCCAACUGGAAUCAUUUUGUAGGCAGGGAAUUUGUCAAUUGCAGAAAAAGUUGGUGGAAAAACUUGUUAUAUUUAAAUAAUUUCAUGGACUCAAAAAAUAUGUGUUCGUCUCAUACAUGGUACCUGGCCUUGGACACUCAAUAUUUUAUAAUAGCGUUGAUAAUAAUUUGGAUUCUGAAGAAAAACGAAAAAUUGUUUUGGCCAUUUCUUUGUUCAUUAUCUUGCUUGGUUGUGGCUGCCACGUUCUUGGAUAAUUAUUAUGAAGACUAUGAAGGGCUGAUUCCUCCUUUACCGGAAAAAUUUUAUGACCUGUAUUUUAUUACGGUUGAUAACCAAUGGCACGAUCAAUUUAUAAGUUUCAAAGGGAAUUCAAUAGGGUCCAUAAUCGGAUUGGCAUAUGGCUAUUUAUUUUACAAAAACAAAAACAAAAAACUGUUCGAAAAGAAUGUUACUAAUCAGAUUAUCUAUCAUCUAAUGUUAUAUGGAUUGGGUCUUGGUACCGUUAUUAUUCCAGGAGUGAUCAUGCUGGACAAGGAGACGGAACACGAUGUAUUUUGGGCUUCUAUGUACACAGCAUUUGGGCGACCGAUUUUUAUAUUUGGCAUUGGUUUUUCUAUAUUUGGGGCAGUAUUCGGAUUGGGGUGGAUCACUAAGAGUGUUAUGGAGUGGCCGCCAGCUCAAAUUCUAGCAAGAUUAUCGUAUGGUGCCUACUUGAUUCACUUAUCAAUUCUAUUUUCGAGGGCUGCUAGUUCAAGAUUUCCCAUAUAUCUCAGUGAUCUUCACCUGAUAUAUCAUUUUUGUGGAGAUGUGGCAGCAUCCUACAUAGUAGCAUUUUUCACGACUCUUCUUAUUGAAAUGCCUAUAUCUGAUCUACAGAAGUUGAUGACGAUGAGAAAUGACAAAAAGGAAGAAUAAAAGGUAGAAGUCUGUGUACUUCUGGAUUGUGUUCAAGGCAACUAUUGAUAACACUAGCCAACAAUAUUUUGUACAGAAAGUGAACUUGUAAGAUAUUUCAAUUGAAAUAAAAUGAAAAUGAUGUUAAUUUA